UUAAAGCACUGAUCAGUGCUGUUUUCUUUUCUGAAUCGGCCAUUGCCAUUUUGCAUUUACAGCCAUUAAAGGAUUGCAUAUAUAAAACCUAUCAAGCUUCCGAAAAGAAAACUCUGAAAGGCAAACCCAACUGUUGCAGUGCACUGCAGGUGGUUGAAUUGCAUGAAAAACAAAGGAUCACAUGCACUGACCCGCACCGCAACCAGAACAUAAAAUCAGGCACACCUAGAUUUUGUGGCGCCACAAUUAUUAUUCUCAUCCACUGCCCAUUCCACACCUACUUCAAUCCCAAUGAGUCCAUCCUCAUUUAAGUCCUUUAACUACCACUUGUUUAGGCCUCCUUUUACUCUGUCUUUCGGUUCUUUGCUGAGGAGGCUGACGACACCUCUUGCUCGUGUCUAUCCAUCCCGGCUGUAUUCGUCAUCAAGUUCUGGUACAUUUAUGGAGGUAGUCAAAGAAGUUGUCAAGCAAGGUUCUGCGGCUGGUGAUGGUGUAGCUAUUAGAGCUGAUAAGCAAAGUUACAGCUACGUACAACUCAUUUCCUCGGCAUUGAAGAUAUCUAAUAUUUUAAGCAGUAAUGACUUAAAAACUGCCUACAAAGAAAGCAAAUAUGAAGAGUCUUCUCUCUCUGUUGAUGGUGUGGGAGAACUUGGACGUCUUUGUGGAGCUCGAAUAGGAAUUGUGGCCAAACCUUCAGCUGAGUUUGUUGCUGGAAUGCUAGGGAUCUGGUUGAGUGGAGGUGUUGCAGUUCCGCUUGCACUCUCCUACCCUGAGGCUGAGCUGCUACAUGUGAUGAAUGAUUCGGAUGUCUCCAUGGUACUAAGUACUGACGAUCAUCAUGAGUUUCUGCAAGAAGUUGCCUCAAAAUGUGCUGCUAGAUUUUCUCUAAUUCCACCCGUUCUGAGUGUUUCUUCACAGAAAAAUGCAUCUGAUCAUCCACAACCUGGAGAAAUAGAUGAACAUGGGAUUUUUCAGGGGAAUAUUAAGAGCUCAAGUGAGGAUCCGGCUCUGAUUGUAUACACAAGUGGUACAACAGGUAAACCCAAAGGAGUUGUUCACACGCACAGAGGCAUCACUGCACAGGUACAAACAUUGAAAGAAGCUUGGGGGUAUACAUCAGCUGACCGGUUUUUGCAUUGCCUACCGCUACAUCAUGUUCAUGGGCUUUUUAAUGCUUUACUAGCCCCUCUCUAUGCAGGUUCAACGGUUGAGUUCAUGCCAAAAUUUAGUGUAAGGGGAAUUUGGCAGAGAUGGUGUGAGUCAUAUCCAAUCAAGGGGACUAGGGCCGAUGAUGCCAUAACUGUAUUUACAGGAGUUCCAACUAUGUACACUCGAUUGAUACAAGGUUAUGAAGCAAUGGAUCCAGAGGUACAAGCUGCUUCCGCCUCUGCAGCAAGGCAGUUGCGGCUUAUGAUGUGUGGCUCCUCGGCACUUCCUCAACCUGUCAUGCAACAAUGGGAAACAAUCACUGGACAUUGCCUGUUGGAACGAUAUGGCAUGACUGAAUUUGUCAUGGCAAUAUCAAAUCCUUUAAGAGGUAUGCGGAAGGCUGGCACGGUUGGGAAACCACUUCCUGGUGUGCAGGUCAAGAUUCUACCGGAGGAUAAGAAUGGAGAUGAUAUAGAUGGGGUGGGUGAGCUUUGCGUUAAAAGCCCUUCAUUGUUCAAGGGAUAUUGGAAACUUCCUGAGGUAACUAAGGAAUCAUUUAUUGACGGUGGCUUCUUUAGGACUGGAGAUGCUGGUAAAGUGGAUGAAGAUGGAUACUACGUCAUUUUGGGGCGUACAAGUGCCGAUAUUAUGAAGGUUGGUGGAUACAAAUUAUCUGCUCUAGAAAUUGAAUCAGUUAUUUUGGAGCAUCCAGAUGUCACAGAAUGUUGUGUGUUGGGCUUACCAGACAAAGAUUACGGAGAAGCUGUCUGUGCAAUUAUUGUGCCUGAUGCAAACACAAAGAAAAUACAGGAGGAAAAUUUGAAACCUGCCAUAACCUUGGAGGAACUCUGCUCUUGGGCUAAAGAAAAACUUGCACCAUACAAGCUACCAACCCGGUUGUUCCUAUGGGACUCGCUGCCUCGUAAUGCUAUGGGAAAGGUGAAUAAAAAAGAGUUGAAGAAACUGCUGGCGGCUGAGCAGUAAACGAAUAUAGACUGGAGAUCACAAAUGAUGCAUAUUACAUUCAUUUUUAGUAUUCGAAUUUUUACAAGAAGGUGAUCCCAAUUAAUUAUAAGAAUAAUCUUGAACAGAUAAGAAACUUCAUUGAAGAUACAGAGAAAAAAGAAAUAUAUGCUUUUUAUAUCAUAUAUUUGUUAAAGAUCCAACCAUUGAUCCAAAAGCCUUAGAACUGGUGGAUACUAAUUUGAUUAAACUUUUAACCCUCGGGAUCAUAAUAAUAUUUGAUUCCAGCGUAGGUUUUCUUUAAACUUUUUGCUCAGCUUUAAUGUUAUGUCUUCCAUAAUGACCUA